AUGUACUUCUUUAUUGACAUACAACACCGCCGACGCUCUACGUUCAUUCUUUUACUUUUAACCAAAUUAGAUGUGCAAGCUACACCUUCUUCUACUGCGACCACGACUGCAACAACGUCUAAAGCAGUAACGUCUGAUGAAGGAAUACCAACAACUACGCCUGAAGAAACAACGACAACUUCUCCGAUAGAGGAAAUAUUCACAAAGAUAUUUCCAACAGAUGAAGACGACAUAUCAUCUACACCAGAUGAGGAAGGUACAACAACUGCUGUAACAGAUGGAGAAAAUGCUAUGUCGACUCUUUACCUUGUUUCAACACUUGCAACAGAACAGAAAAGGACAUCUGCUGCAUAUCAAGAAGGUACCACUGCUGCCCUAGAGAUGACAACUUCGUUGCCAACUGUAGAAGGGACAACGGCUUAG